UAUUUGUACAUACAUUCUAAUCGUUAUUAAUGUGGGGCCUAUAAAAAGGCACGGUCUAACUGCGUUGAGUUUUUUGAGUGGAUGUGUGCCAGUGUUAGAGAAGGAGUUGACGUCAGGGCGAUACGUAACUCUGCCGCGGCGCAGUGAAUGCAGGAGGAGUUGUUAAUGCGCGCUGCUCUCCCUCAGAGUAUAUGUCUGCUGUAUUUGCCGUGCACUUAUUGAUCAACUAGGACGCGGCUACGUUGGCAAACCGCCGUUGGCACCCACAUGGCUCGAUGACAUCAUGUCCAGAUAUCACUCCCCUCUUUUCCAGACCAUCUCCUUUCUUUUCACCCUCUUCCCUCUUUCCCUUCUUUCACCUCUUCUUUCUCAAUCUCCUCUCAGCUGGACUUCUCCACAUGACCCCUGCUACCAUCUGGAUGGGCGUCCGCGCCACUGCCUGUCAGAAUUUAUCAAUGCUGCAUAUGGAGUGCCUGUGACCAUGGAGGAUAUCCAGCAAGCACCCAAGACAAACAUCAGCACCUUAACAGACCUUCAUAAUCCUCACAAUCUGACAUGCUGGAUGCCUGUUGAAGGCUCGGGUGGCAGGGAUUGGACUUUCACAAUUCCCCUGGGCAGACGCUUUGAAAUCACAUACAUUAGUCUUCAGUUUUGUCAACAGGUGGAGUCGGUGGAGUCUUACUCCAUCACCAUCUUAAAGUCGAUGGACUUUGGCAGGAGCUGGCGCCCCCUACAGUAUUACUCCAGUAACUGUAUGGGUAUGUUUGGCCUUCCCGCUCAGUCUAUUGCUCAGACAAGGCACCAAGAGACAGAGGCUCUGUGUUCAGAUCCCAGGCCACUACAGAAGCAUCGUGGAAAUAUUGUCCUGGCUUUCUCGACUUUGGAUGGACGUCCUUCAUCACCAGAUUUUGACUAUAGUCCAGGGCUCCAAGACUGGGUGACUGCUACUGACAUAAGGAUAGUGUUUAACCAGUCAGUGGCAAAAAUGAACAAGCAGGAAGAAAAACAGAAUGAGGUGGAAGGUGCGUUAAGAUGGAGGGCAGGGAGAGAAAGGAUGACUAAAGCACUGAAGUUUGGGGAGAAAGAUACAGGCACUAAAACAUCAACGAUUCGGGAAACUAGUCAAGACAGAAAGACAGAAAAGGCCACACAGAGAUAUCGGAAUAAAAGUACUUUACAGCUAAAUGGACACAACGUCACCCGGAAGGAGUUGGGGUCUCAAGACAGAGUGGGAAGAGGUAAGGUGAGGAGUCGCAAGAAAGAAAACUGGAAACCGUGCCAGGAUGGCACCUGUAAAUGGUCCCUAAAUAACCAGCAGGCUCCCAAGGGGCGAGAGUUAAGGAGAAGACGAAAUAAUGGAGGGAGAGAUAAGUCCCAUUCUAUAUCAAGAAGAAAGGCUCCACAAGACCUCCCUCCGUCUGCUCUUUCUGCCCCAUCUAAUUUCCCUCUCGCCCUUUCCGACCUGCAGGUCGGAGGCAGAUGCAAAUGCAAUGGCCAUGCCUCACGCUGUCGCCGAGACAACCAGGGCCGUGCUGUGUGUCAGUGUGAGCAUCAUACGUCUGGACCAGACUGUGAUGUAUGUGAGCAUUUUUUUUAUGAUCGCCCAUGGCAGCGGGCCACCCCCAGCCAACCACACCCGUGCGUCCCAUGUGAAUGUAAUGGUCAUUCUACUAAGUGUAGGUUCAGUAUGGCUGUGUAUCAGCAGUCCGGUCGAGUCAGGGGAGGCGUCUGUUUGAAGUGUCGGCAUCACACAAUGGGACGGCAUUGCCAGUUCUGCCAGAAUGGAUACACACGGGACCACAGCAAACCACUCAGCCAUCGCAAGGCCUGCCAACCAUGUCAGUGCCACCCAAUGGGUGCAUUGGGCCAUUGGUGCAACCAGUCAUCAGGGCAAUGUUUGUGUAAAGAGGGAGUCACAGGGCAGAGGUGUAACCGUUGUGCCCCUGGAUAUAAGCAAGGCCACUCACCCCUUCGACCCUGCAUUCGUAUUCAGGAGGUUGCGCCACCCACCCCAGUUUACCAGCCCCAGUACAGCAUUGGUGAGGAGUGUCUUUCCUACUGUCCACCCUCCCAAGCUAAAGUCAGAAUGAGUUUAGAAACGUAUUGCCUCAAGGACUAUGUGCUGAAGGUUCAGGUGAAAGGUAAGGAACGUUCCGGCCCCUGGUGGCAGUUUUCUGUGUUGGUCCAUACAGUUUUCCGCACAGGUUCAUCACACGUGAAACGAGGCCUUCAGGCUCUCUGGGUUCCUAACCGGGACCUGACCUGUGGCUGCCCUGCACUUCAGGUGGGUCGAAGCUUCCUUCUGAUUGGUGCAGAGGAAAGUGGGCGGAGUUGGGUCCCGGAGGAAAAGCGAUUAGUUGCCGAUCGCACCACAAUGGCUUUGCAGUGGCGGGAACACUGGAGCCCAAAAUUAAGAGGCUUUCGUGGGCAGGACACCAGGGGAAAGUGCCCACAGGGAAACACCACUGCACAGAAACACUCAGACCCAAACUUGUAUGAAGAAUACACACCCCCACAUCUUGAGAAACUUCACCCUGAAGUUCAUUUACGACACAAACAUACGCACACAACGACACAUAAACACAAAGCCUUACAUGGAAGAAGUCUAAAUACAGCAAGGCACCUUGAGCAAGAAGAGGACCGUAAGGCCGAAAAUGACAGCCGUAAUGGAAGAUACUCCACAUCUACCUCUCCUCCGGAUACAGAGAAUAUAUUGCAGAACACUCCGGAUCCUCUGUUAGGUACUACAAAGAUUAGUCACAGCAAUGAGCAUGACCAGUAUCACCCAACAGUGUGUCCAACAUGGUCACCUGAGCGACCUGUCUGAUAGAGUGAGAGAUAAUGAGCAGAGAGACCUAAGGUGAGAUUCCACUGGGAAAAAUGUACAGAUGCUUAGGGAUAUUCUAUCUGUCAGACCUCUAGUCCUAUUAUAUUCACUUUUUUUUAUUGAAGGUGCUACAUACUGUAAUGUUCUUCACAGCAAUGCCAUAAAAAACAUUUUUGUUCACCCAAAGACCCUUUUGGUCACCAUUUGUUUCUUGCCUUUUCAUAGUUUAAAGAACUUUUUCCAUGUUAUAUGAGUUUUCCCAUGAGGAUGUUAAAGUUUCUUUAUGGAACUUACAGGCAAAAAUGGUUCUUCGGUGGCAUAGUAGAACACCUUUAUUUUUAAUAGUUUAGGAUGUGUCUAUUGCCGAGCCACUGAUGUCACUGAAUAUUCACAUGCUGUAUUUAACUGCUUAUGUGUUGAACUUGUAUUAUUAUUUUGACAGAAAAUGAUUUUGCACCCCAUCCAUGAAAACACUAGUUCAAAACUUUUAACUUCUGGAAAACUGAAUGUUGUAGUCACUUAAGAUGUUACCCUAAAUGCAUUUAUGUUUAGUCUACAGUGUUAUGCGUGAUAGUGGCUCACAUUCACAGUUGAUUUCAAUUUUGUGUUUUUUUUUUAGUUUCAAGAAGCACAGUUUUUCAGGUCAGAAGCUGAGAAAUUGUACCCUGUAUUGUCAGAUCUUUGACGAAAGCAUUGAAUUUUGGGUAAACAAGAAAAUAAAAUGCGAUGUAUGCCAGACUGUAUUAUGCUUUCACGAUUCAAGUAAUAUUUUUGUUUUGGUGGCUUGGCUAAAACUGUAAACACAAAGGCGGUGAAUUCAGACUGUAGAAAUAUUAAACUGAACUUCAAAUGGUGCCUUUUAAAGUCGUAUUAUUGUGAACUUCUCAAACUAUCAUUCAACAUGUAAAUGUUACAAAUAUCAGUGAUUUACGUAACACUCUACCUCAUAAUAAAUACUGUAAACACACAUUGUAAUGUUGUUUAUUUAUAAAUUUGCUUCCUAUAUAAAACAAUACAGAUGGGUGUAAAAAUUACUUACAUUACUUCAAAGAGAAGGAAAGUUAUUGCAUACGAGUCUGCACUGUAAAAAACUAGUAAGAUUCACUGCAAAUUUACGCAAAAAAAUUAAUUGUUAAUUUAAUAAAUUUCACUUAAAAACAGUGUAAAAAACUUUCCCCAAAAGUAAAAUAUAAUGUAAAAAACAGUCAGUGCCAAUAGUCCUGUGGUUAGUGUGCCGACAUAUAGUGCCAGUGCACUAUAUGCCUGACCCAAGUUCGAUUCCUGUCUAGCGUCCUAUGCUGGUCCCACUCCCCUGUCUCUAUCCAAUUCUUUCCUGUCUGUUCUCUGCUGUCCUGUCAAAAAAAAAACUGUGUGUAUAAUUUGCACAAGAAAAUUAAGUAAAUCCUAUAGCUGUUUUUUACAGUGUGGAGGGGGAAAGACACGUGGGGAGAGUCAGUAAAAGCAAGCCAGACAGGCAAUGAUGCACCUGCUAUGUUUCCACAGGAAACACCUGUUCCCAGUUUUCCUGUCUGCCUGACUGACGACAGUUAAUUUAGUGUAAGAAAUCUCCCACAGCUUGAAGAAUCAAACUGCCCUCUCAUUUCCUCGUGAAUAAUAUUGCAGGAAGUCUUACUAACUCAUGUGCUCCAACAUCCACAUGUCCUCUAUUUUGUCUACCAGUCAAGUGUGUGUAUCAGAUAACACGCUCUUAACACUAUCUGAGCCCCCUUAGACACACAGUUGUGCGAUGUCUUGAUACAUCACAUGUGUGACAUUUUUGACACAGUAAAACAAAACAAAAAUAGUUUCACCUGUACAUUUAGGCAUGCAGUUCGUAAAGACACCCGAUUGUCUAGUACUCGAAACCCCCACAAGAAUAUGGAUCUUUGUUUACUGGGGAAUUUUUACGAGACACGAGGCCUACAGUACAUUAAGAGACAAAGUUCAAUAAGCUGUACAGCACUCUCUCCUGUUCUUUCUCACAGUGUGAGUAAUGAUACCAUAGAUCGAACCACAGUGUUAAAAAAGCCUGUGUGAACAUGCUGCCGGCACGCUCAUGUUCAAAUCAUGCACGCAUACACAUGGACAGGCACAACGAAACAAGAUACACACACACGGCUUCUGUUAACCCGAGAGUGAGGAGGUCAAUCCAGUUGAUCUCUUGCAUGCAUGCCGCUCAUACGAACACAUUGCGUCCAUGGCAACAAGAUUCCUGCUCUGUGUUACCUCUAAUAAAACCGGUGCCAACUUUGAUAUAUUCACUCGUUCACUGUACCACACUCUAACCCUCAAACAUACAACUGUGUGGCACAUUAGGUUGUAGGCCAAACAUCAUCAAAUACAAGUAAAUGACAGACAAUGAUUACUGAAAAAACCUUCAGGUUUCUAUAGCAUCCAUAAUAUUAAUGUCACCUUUGAAGACAUACUAACUUGCAUACUAUCAUGUGAACGUACUGUUAACACAGACAGACAGACAUUGCUAAAACAUACAGGUCCUUUGUUUUUGUUAUUCAGUCAAUCGUUCUCCUUUUGUUGAGAGCAAUAUCUUUUGUGUUAUCUUCUCUGCAUUAGCACUGGCUUGCAGGAGCCCUGAUUUCGUUCAUAAACCAUUCGAUGCUUAGUUGAAACUGGGGCAUGUCUGGAUGGCGUUACCACAUACAUCUGACACUGCUGCACUUUUCCUGUGGUAAACGCUGGGAACGGCAGCGAUUUUCCAAGUUGGGAUUACGGAUCAAAGUCAAAUUCAUGCAGAAGGAGGGAGAAGGAAUCCCACCCCGGCCAGGUGGGGUAUAAAUUGAGGUGAAAAGCAACACCCAGCGAACUUAGGGGAGGUUGGGAAGCUGGGAUCUCUUUGAAGUAUUGGUUCAUGCCAUGGUGAACUUGGUCUUGUUGAAGCUGAACUAUAACGGAUUGAUUUGCAUGGAUGUUGGGGUGAGGGGCUGGGGAAAGAGUGGUAGAGCUAUUGAUGGCCCCCACAAGUGUAUGUGUGUGUGAGAGAGUGAGUGAACAGGCCAUCUGUGUUAGGAUAUUACAAGUGUCUCACUUCACCUUUUCCCCUAUUGCCCUCUGAGCCCACCCAGAGUCUCUGAAUCUAAAAUGUAGUCAGUACAAGGGUUAACACUCAAGUAAACUAUACUGCUGUGGUCCUGUGUUUU